AUCACUCUCAUCAUCCCAUUCCUUCAAAUCAUGCGCACUUGGAAACUUCUCCUUCUCUGGUUCGCUCUCAUGUUUGCGGCCAUGGGAGUCAAAGUGUCUCUUCCCAUCGCCGCCACCCACCUCCCUCUCCUCUGGAACUUCCUCCUCCUCUGCUUCAAGCCUCCUUACCUCUUCAUCCUUCUCAACACCAUCAUCAUCUCCAUCCUCGCUUCCUCCAGGUUCCACCACUCCAAACCUCAACCCGAUCCAAUUCCUCCCACACCUCUUCAACCCAAAUCCCUAUCGGUUAACGCCUCACCCGUGCUCCAAGAACAAGAAGUGCAAAAGGAAGUAAUCCACCAAGAAAUCACAGUCAAGAGAACAGACUCAACGGAGGAGAUUCCACCGUCCACGGAGAAGCCUCUCGUGUCCGCUCGCUUCACUCACCGGAAAUUCCUUAAAUCCCCUUCCGAAGGUGGGAGAGCGUUGAAGGUGGUGGCUAAGGCCAAACGCCACGAAACGUUGGAGAGCACGUGGAAGGCCAUAACGGAAGGUCGAUCCGUGCCAUUGAGCAGACACAUGAAGAAGUGUGACACGUGGCAGAGCCGCGGCAACCUCGCUCCGCCUCUUGAAAACAAGUCCGACGAGACCUUCCCCGACGUUUCCACCGCCGGGAGGCUGCGGAAAGAGCCGUCGCUGAGUCAAGAGGAGCUGAAUCGGCGCGUGGAAGCGUUCAUACGGAAGUUCAAUGAGGAGAUGAGGUUGCAGAGACAACAAUCCUUAGAACAGUACAUGCAGAUGGUUAACCGCGGUGCCGCUUAAUCUCCAUGAAUUAAUAUUUUGUUAGUUUCAUUUUACAGAAAAAAAGGAAGAAAAAACAGUGUAAAUAGUUGAAUAGGAGUAUAGACAGUGAUAGUUUUGCAGUUGGACUAUUGUUUUCUUUAUUUUAUUUUAUUGGCAUAUAAGUUUAGGGUUGGGUUAGGAUGAUGAUCAUUGUUAUUUUUUGUGGCUAUGUAUGAUCCAUAUCCCAAAUAUGUGGUUCAAGUUAAACAUGAAUUAGAUAGGAUAGAAAUACAGAAGAAACAAAUGGGGAACUUAAUUAGGAUUAGAUAUGUUCCUCUUUGUAAAUCUUUUGGGGGUCAAUAUUUUUUAAACCUCUUUCUCUCUGGUCAAUACAAUUGUUCUUAUUUGUGUAA